UUUAACGUCAAUUGUUGUGAUGGCGUAGGUAAACAGCGUAACUUUUAUUUUUAUAAUAAUUAUUUUAUUUUGUAGCUUUUUAUAUAUAUUUUAAUCAGUUUUUAAUAAUUUUUUAGUAAGUGGUAGUCACUUUUUUGUUUUAUAAUAACCAAAGAUGACUCUUAUUCGACUAUUUUGUGGCGUAUAUUUAUUUCUGCUUUUUACAAACAUUGUGUACUCCGAACAAAUUAUAACCACUUCAAAAGAUAUUAAAUUACUUCCCAACUUACCACAGCACUUGAACAAAAAGUUAUUAAUUGCGAGUGAGGGUGGCCCUCUAACAAACACAACAGUCACUUUACCAAAAGAAAAUAACUCUAUGGUGAUAAAUUUAGAUACAGAACUAGUGAAAAAUAAAACCAAUUCAGUAGUUCCACGAAAAGGUGUCAAAUAUCACCUCGAAGAAAAUACAAGUAAUGAGCAAGAUUCACUUUCCAGUGGUGAUAUGAUCACACUAGAUGAAAAUUCCAAUUCCACAAACACUCUUAAACCUAUUUCAAACAAAAGUGGGUUGCAAAUUGAAGAAAAGCAUAAUGAAACAAUAGUACAUAAGCCUACUGUACUUUCAUCACAAAUUUUGGACAAGUUGAGUGAAAAAAUUGAAUUCCAACCAGAUGCCAAAGUAAAAAAAAUGCAUGAAAACAGUCAUCCUGAUCUUGUUAUGCCUAUUGUAAUAACUAUAUUAGUUGUACCAAUGUUUGCAGUUGUUGGAUACAUGGCUCUAAAGAGAGGUCAAGAUGCUUGGAAAAACCGACAUUAUAAAAGAAUGGAUUUUUUAUUGGAUGGGAUGUACAAUGAUUAAUAUCUUAGGAUCCAUACAAUUUUAUAUAUUUUUGUUGAUGAAAUUUGUGUUGAUUGUGAUUUUAGUUAUUAUUAUGGGGAAUAAGCUACUCUACAAGUUGUAUAAGUUACUAUUAUAGUAAAUAAUAAUGAAUGUCUCCAUGUAAUAUUAUAUUGCAUUUUGUAACUAUUGAAAAAAAUUAUAAAGAUUUAAGGUAUAAGCAAUAAAUGGUGCUAUAUUUAUAAAUUAUAUUGUGAUAAUAGAAUUGCUGACAUGGAUCAUGUGGUUGUUCCAAAUUUUAAUAGCUGAAGGUGCGUAAAUACACCAGUAAUAAAUUUAAAUACAUAUUUUACAGUUCACGGGCUUGCAAGAUGUGCAGCCUGUAUAAAAAGAUUGUACACAUAUCUCUUAUGUCUUCCAAAGUAAAUGGACUCAUAACUUUGAAAAAUGGCUAUAUAAUAUACUAACAUGAACAUUUAUUUCAAAAAUGCUUUAUAUUAUAUUUUAUUGUUAUUUUUAAAAAAAAACUAGUUGUACUAUUACAUGCCUUGAUUUUUGUAUGUGAUUUGUGAUCAUUUAUUUUUAUCAAUAAGCAAGUAAGUUGAUUGGUCACCUGUGCCUCACUCACGCCGUUGAUUUUUGAGUCUUAGGCAUGCCGGUUUUCCUUAUCAUGUGUUGCACACACAAAAAGAAAAAUCCACUGGUGCAUAGGCGCAAUUCGCACGCAUGAACUCAAAGGUGACUUGCAUGCCGAAACUAUGCCAACAUUGGUAUCUUAUUUAAAUAAAUAUAUUUUUUAUUACAUA